UAUGUCAAUCUGAACACCAAACGCGGCACCUCCUCGCAAUUAUCGCGGUUGCAUAAAAAUAUAUGAUUAAUCCGUUAUAGAGGCGAAUUUGGGUUCGUUCGGAAUGAGGCUUUGACUCCAUCCGAGCAUAACGACCCGACCAAAACACCAUUAUAGCACAGGACAUCAACAUUUAACCGAUGCUCAAUUACAGCAGGAGGCGUUGCUUGAAUAAUCUAUAAUCGCGUUUCGAUCUGGACCUUGGAUUUGAUCUGCCUGUUGUUCAGUUUCAGCACUGGACAGCGACCGACCGGGUCGCUCGACAUUAAAAACGACAAGGAAUCCUUGAGAAAGGUCGAAUCGACCCUUGCUUGGCUCGGGGCAAUGCGCGGCUAGAUGACUUCACUACAUCAACAAGCACCGUAGCCCUGGACUAAAUAUAUCACCACAUCCCCCUUCCUUCUCUCUUCCUUCUCUCUCAUCUUGAGCGCCUCCCGCCCGCUAGCACCAUGGGUAACCGAGGAAUGGAGGAUUUGAUCCCGCUGGUCAAUAAACUCCAGGACGCUUUCAGCGGCAUCGGUCAGAGCUGCAAUCUUGACCUGCCACAGAUCGCGGUAGUCGGCGGACAGAGCGCUGGCAAGAGCUCGGUGUUGGAGAACUUCGUUGGCAGGGACUUCCUGCCCAGAGGCUCUGGGAUCGUCACCCGCAGGCCCCUUGUCCUGCAGCUCAUCAGCGCCAAUGCAGAAUGGGCAGAGUUCUUACACUGCAAAGGGAAGAAAUUCACAGACUUCGAUGAGGUUCGCCAAGAGAUUGAGGCGGAGACUGACCGCAUUACUGGGGCCAAUAAGGGCAUCUCUCCCGUCCCCAUCAACCUGCGUGUCUACUCCCCACAUGUGCUGAACCUGACCCUGAUCGACCUGCCAGGUAUCACCAAGGUGCCAGUGGGGGACCAGCCGGUGGACAUUGAGCAGCAGAUCAGAGACAUGAUCAUGCAGUUCAUCUGUAGGGAGAGCUGUCUCAUCCUCGCUGUCACCCCAGCCAACUCUGACCUGGCCAACUCAGACGCCCUCAAACUGGCCAAAGAUGUUGACCCCCAGGGCCAGCGGACCAUAGGAGUGAUCACCAAGCUGGACCUGAUGGAUGAGGGAACAGACGCCAGGGAGGUCCUGGAGAACAAACUGCUGCCCCUAAGGAGAGGCUAUAUUGGUGUGGUAAACCGCAGUCAGAAGGACAUUGAUGGGAAGAAGGACAUCAAGAUGGCUAUGGCUGCUGAGAGGAAGUUCUUCCUCACUCACCCGGCCUACAGACACAUGGCCGAAAAGAUGGGCACCCCGUGCCUGCAGAAAGUCCUCAACCAGCAAUUGACCAACCACAUCCGUGACACGCUGCCGGCGUUCCGUAGCAAGCUUCAGACCCAGCUACUGUCUCUCGAUAAGGAGGCCGAGGAGUACCGGGGAUACCGCCCUGAUGACCCGGGACGCAAGACCAAGCAACUGCUGCAGAUGGUGCAGCAGUUCUCAGUGGACUUUGAAAAGCGUAUCGAGGGCUCUGGGGACCAGGUGGAUACUGUAGAGCUCUCUGGUGGAGCCAAGAUCAACCGCAUCUUCCACGAGAGAUUCCCCUUCGAACUGGUCAAGAUGGAAUGUGAUGACAAGGAGAUGCGCCGGGAGAUCAGCUACGCCAUCAAGAACAUCCACGGUAUCAGGACUGGCCUGUUCACUCCAGACAUGGCGUUUGAGGCUAUUGUGAAGAAGCAGAUAGUGAAGAUCAAGGAGCCAUGUAUCAAGUGUGUGGACAUGGUCAUUCAGGAGCUGAUCAACACCGUGCGUCAAUGCACUAACAAGCUGGAUUGCUUCCCCAGACUGCGUGAGGAAACCGAGAGAAUUGUGACCUCACACAUCAGAGACAGAGAGAGCAGGGCCAAGGACCAGGUGUUGCUGCUGAUCGAUGUCCAGCUCUCGUACAUCAACACUAACCAUGAGGACUUCAUAGGCUUUGCUAAUGCACAGCAAAGCAGCAAGCAGAGUAACAAGCAGAGUAAUGCUGCAAGCCAGGUCAGCCAGGUCAUCCGUAAGGGCUGGCUGACCAUCAACAACAUCAGCAUCAUUAAAGGUGGGGCCAAGGAGUACUGGUUUGUCCUGACUGCUGAGAGCCUGUCCUGGUUCAAGGAUGACGAGGAGAAGGAGAAGAAAUACAUGCUCCCUCUGGACAACCUGAAGGUGCGCGACGUGGAAAAAGGCUUUAUGUCCAGCAAGCACGCCUUCGCCAUCUUCAACACAGAGCAGAGGAAUGUGUACAAGGACAACCGUUUCCUGGAGCUGGCCUGUGACACUCAGGAUGAGGUGGACAGUUGGAGGGCUUCUCUCCUGCGCGCUGGAGUCUACCCCGAAAGAUCUUCUAAUGUGGAGAGUGAGGGUGGCGGCUCCUCGUCCUCAUCCCAGGACAACUUUUCCAUGGACCCUCAGCUGGAGCGGAAAGUGGAAACCAUCCGCAACCUGGUCGACUCCUACAUGGCCAUCGU